AUGAACAAAGUUUCACUAUCUCCUCAAAUUACUGACAUCAACGAUCCUAGUUAUUUGUAUCCAGAAAAUGUGUUUGCAAAUAGCCUUGAUACUUUGCUUUUGGAGAAUUCAGAUUGAGAUCUUUUCGGCUGGAGUUUUCUCAAACAGGAGCCUCAAGAACUUUGCUUGAAACCUAACCUAGAACAGCAGCAAGAGUCUCCAAGCAACCCAAUAAGCAGUUGUUUAGACAACUCUUUAUUCUCGGAGAACAGAAAACCAAAUCACUUGUACAUCCAAGAACAACAAAUAGAUAGCCAACCCUGCAAAGAAAAUGAAGAUUGAUUGCAAGAUAAAGACUUAAAUAGCCAGAUUCAAACCCAUUCCACUCCUACUAUCUCAGAGAACACAAGCUCCAGGAAACUAAAGCCAGCCAGAAAAGAUGUUCUUCAGAAGCCUCUGUUGAGGAUGGUCAGAAGAUACUUCAGAGACAUCUUUAAGUCCCAAAACACUAAGAUUGUCAGGAAGAGAUACAUCAACUGCAGAGCAAAAGAAAUUUCCUUAUGAAUGAAGCAUCUUCUUUCUGAGUUGUUUCCUCAAUUAGAAAUAACUGAAGACUUAAUUUACUACACUAUGGGGAUUCUCAACCUUCGCACAAUUCAGAGAUUAAGCUGUAGCCGAAGUGUCAAAGAUGAAAUCAGUGAUUUCCAGCUCUGCUGCAAGAAGUUCUCCCAGAAAAGACUUACAAAGGCAAUGCAAUCAAAGAGUCUGAGAGUGCUGUGAGGCUACCUUGUUGAGAAUUGUGAAGACCCGAAGAUGGAGACUUUAAGAGAAGAACUUUGUUCAGAAUAAACUGGAUAGCCU